AUGGCGCAUCCUCGAAAUGAGCGAUAUCCUGCAGGAUCAACCGGUCGCCCAUUCCCUUCGCGCAGUGAACACGACGACUUCAUGUAUGAUGAUCAAUCCAGAUCGCGAUCGCCUGGUAAGCUCCUCCCCGCACGGCAAUGGUGCGCCGGGUUUGAAACGAGGGAUAGAGAACGCGUCCACUCCCCCCAUCGAAGACCAGCAGCCGACGGCAGACUCCAAUACUCGAGAGAUCGAGAAUCUGGUCAAGGCUAUCGAGGCCACGAUCGCGGCGACUACCGCCAGCGAAACUCGCGCUCAUCCCCUGGCCGGGGCAGGAAUACAUACAGAGACCGUGACAGAGAGGGUUAUCGAAGCGGGAGCCACAGUCGAAGUCGUAGCCGCAGCCCUCGUCGAGGCCCGUCCCAUCUCGGACAGGUGAGCCGAGAAGUGAUGAUGGAGGGACUGCCGGUGGACAUGACAGAAGAACAUAUCUCCGUUGAACUUAAUACUGCCUAUCAUAUCGAUGGCCUCGAGGAUAUUCGAGUGAUCCGUGAUCGGCAGACAAAACUGUCAAGAAAGCUAGGGUUCCUGCGCUUUCCUACCAUUGACGCAUCCCGCGCAUUCGUCGAACGAAACCAUCCGUUCAUUUACCUUUAUGGUCCCAGCGCGGGAAACACUGACCGGGGCACCAAAGUUCGCAUUGCUUACAGCCGUGAGAGGGAAGACCGAGCUCGUGCAAAAGGCGCAGGCGACUGGAACUGCAGAAAGUGUUUUAUUCUCAAUUUUUCUACACGUCCGCAUUGUUUCAAGUGUGGCAGUCCGCGACCAGCAGACAUGGAUCCUACCGGCCCUCCGGGAGUUCCCACCCCGAAAGUAGCUAACGAUGGUGAUAAUGAUGCCGCUCCAGAGAACCAACCCUCUCAGUUCCUGCUUGUUCGUGGCCUGGAGGCAUCUGUCUCAGAAGAGCUUCUUGCAAAAGGAGUUUCUAAACUGUACCGACCCUCUGGAAACACUGAAUCUGCCCCCAACAUUCAAAAAAAGGGAUCAAAAGUAGCAUCUACAACUGGUGACAGCAAUCUGGGAGCCCCAGAAGGAUCUCUUCGUCGCGUUCUUCUUGUACGUGAUCGCAGAACCAAUGAAAGCUGGCGUUAUGGAUUCGCGGAAUUUGCAGGAGUCGCGGACGCACAAGCUGCGAUGGCACGACUCAAAUCCUUCGACAAGUUUACCAUUUCCUCUAAGCCAGUUUUGGUAACCUACAUUCACGGCGGAGUAUUUGUUCCUGUCAUCAACCCCUCAUCCAGUGCUAGUCACUACACAUUCAGCCCAGCGAACAACCCGUCGCUGCAGUUGAUGUACUGGGAUGACGCGGCGUACGUGACGGAACUUAAGCUGUCAACCGAUCAAGACAAUGCCGCACAGGAACAGAGAGGCGGCAAGGCGGCUUCCAACCAGCAAGAUACCCAAGCCAAGGGCAACAAGGACUCUGAUAAGACAAAAAAGAGAAAGGCCGAUGCAACUGCCGCUACCACUGCCACCACGAACGCAAAGAAGCUUUCAAUGCCAUCCCAGCUGCAAUUCUGGAGUGACCGCCACGCUGAACUGCAUGCCAACAAAGACGAUGGCGAAGAUCAUGCGGAGACGGCCCCGGAGCUAAACGCGUCGGUGACUGACCUGGGUGCUCUUCCUGUUCAAUCAUUUGCAGACUUGGAGAACAGCACCUGCUAUUUGUGCUGGCGCAUCUUUGACAAUCCGGAAGAUGUCCUAGAGCAUGAAAGUGUCAGUGAAAUGCACCAAGAAAAUUUACGUAACGAAGCCUUGAGGGAACAGAAAAUGCGCGAAAUGAUUAAACAUGGUGUUAUAGAAGCACCCCAAGCCUACCGAGACCGGGCAAAGGAGCGCCGCCAGGCAUUUGGUGUUCAAGAUAAUUCAGGUGCUGAUGCCAACUCUGACUCCAGCAUUGAUUUGAUCGCCCAGCCGGUUACAUCAUACGCAGACUUUGACCAGAUCGUCUGCUUGUUGUGUGCUGAGGGGUUCGAAAGACCUGAAUUACUCGUUCUCCAUGAACGCCACUCUACAACUCACGAGAAAAAUAUGCAGGAUGAAGCAGCACGGGCACAAGGCGAUUUUAACCGGGUCAGUUAUGGUCUCAUCCCCCUGCCCACACCAACCUAUCGAGCUUUCGCCGAUGAUCCUGAGUCGGUUUCAUCCUAUGCAGAUUUGAAGGAGAAUUGCUGCCUCUUGUGUCGACGAAAGUUCCGGAGUCCGGAAGCUGUUCUUCUCCACGAGCGUGUGAAUGAAAACCACCGGGAAAACCUAAAGGAUAAGGAAAAGAGAGCAUACGCCGAUCGUGACCUCGUCCGGAGUGGUCUCGCGACCCUACCGACUCCAAUCUAUCGUGCUUUUGCGGAAGAUCCGGAAACAAUUUCCUCCUAUGCAGACAUGAAGGAACUGCAGUGCCACUUGUGCAACUGGAUAUUCCCAACCCCGGAAGGUCUUUUCCUCCACGAGCGCGUGAACGAAGCGCACCUCGCAAACAUGAAGGAUAAAAAAUUGAGGGCAGAAAGCGAUUGGAGGAUCAUGGAGGCAGGUCUCGCGACCGCACCGAAUCCCAUCUAUCGUGUUUUUACGGAGGAUCUGGAAACGUUCUCAUCCUAUGCAGAACUCGGAAAGAAUAUCUGCCACUUGUGCUUAUUUCAAUUUAAGACUCCGGAACAUCUUCUUGUUCACGAACGCGUGGAUGAGCCACACCUCGAAAAAUUGAAGGAUAAAGAAGCGAGGGCACGCGGUGAUAUGAGACUGAUCGAGGAAGGUCUCGCAUCCCUACCAAGUCCUGUCUAUCGAUUUAGCCCAGAGGAUCUCGAGUGUGACGAUUUUGAUACUAAACCGCCCUCAUCCUAUGCUGAUCUGGGGCAGAAUGGGUGUUUUUUGUGCAAUGCCCAAUAUGAAAAACCAGAAUAUGUGUUCUUGCAUGACCGCUUCGCUGACAUGCACUUCGAAAACCUGAAGAGCAAAAGAAAGAGGGAAAUCGCCAUGUGCGCGCUGGUCAUUAGACAUAUCGUGGAAAUACCUCACAUUUAUGGGGAUUCCGCCAACCAGAAACGCUUGAAGGAGCAACGCGCGGCAUUUUGCUCUGACGACUCCAGUGCUCCGCCGGAUGCAUCUUACAUCGAUCCGAACACCCAGAGCUGCUGGCUAUGCUGGUUGGACUUUGAGGCGCCUGAGCUAGCCAUUCUCCACGAGCGCAUAGAUGAAGCACACCAAGAAAAGUUGAAGGACGAAGCAUUGCGAGUCCGAGCCCGGCGCGCAUUGAUCGAAAGUGGUGCUUUGGAAGAGCGUGAAAACGACGAAAAUCAAGCAACGGAGCGCCACGAGGCCCCCAGUGCUGACGACUCUAAUGCCCGCCAGAAGGCGUCUGAGCCAGCGCAAGAGGAUCAGCAACCUGCGCAGCCAACCUCAAUUGGUGCUUCUCUUCUCCGCAAAAUGGGCUGGUCGGCUGGUUCUGGCCUCGGCGCUGAAGGCACCGGAGUGACGGCGCCAAUUUCUACAGAACUUUAUGCCCCAGGUGUGGGACUGGGUGCUCAAGGAGGUAAACUGGGUGAUGCAACCGAGGAAGCUGGCCGGAAAACCCGAGGUCGGUACGAAGAAUUCUUGGAAAAGACUAAGGAUAAUGCACGCCAGCGCUACGAAGAGAUGGAUCGGUCUUAA